AUGUUGGCCGUCCAUGUGUGCAGUGUGGCUACCGGCCAAGAGCUCUGCAUCAUCCCAGCAGGCCGUGAUUGGACAGUGCAUGAGCUCAAUGUGAAGGUGGCAACUCAGCUGGGAGCCAAGCUGCACUCGCAAACCUUCUUGCAGGGCCCGAGAGUCUUAGAAAGCACUGAGCCCUUGAGCGAAUUCCUAGAGUCGGAGGAUGCAACAACCUUGGAGCUGCAGCUCCUGCGCAAGUCCUGGGUGGUGGCUGUGGACUGGGAGGGUGGACCUGUGGACAUCGAGGCAUAUCCCGCGUGCACGCUGCAGGCCUUCGGCGUAUUAGUGGCUGACAGGCUUCAACUCCCAGCUGCCACAAGACCUGCGUUCGAAACUCAGAGUGGGAGACAGUUGGACUGGGACGGCGAUGCCGAGACAAGCUUGGCGGACUUGGGCAUCCAGCCGGGUUACACAUUGGACGUACCAUUCACACAGAAGCUGGACUUGAUGUGCAAAGGGAGGCCUGCAUUACAGAGCCGGCGGUCCGAGUUCUUAGAAUCGAAUGCUGCGUUGUGCCUCAUUGAUCAGUGUCAAGAGGACUUCUUGCUUCCCAAGGAGGAGUUCUGUGAAGAAGACCUUGCAGAUUGGAGUAUCGGCCAAUCUGUCGAGACGCUACACGCAGGGACUGGAGACUUCCUCUGUGACUCCCUUGCUAAGCUGCCACAGCUCUUCACUCAAAACGAGUGCAGGAAAAUCGUCAGGUCUUCCGAGAAGCUGGCAAUGGCACCCAUGGAUGUGGCCUGCUUCAGGGGCACCCGCCGCUACCAGCGCGUCGUCGUGCGGGACGAGACGUUGGCAAGGAAGCUCUGGGAACGAGCAGAGCCCUAUGUGCGCGAGGCACUCGAAGGCCAGAGCCUGAGACCCCUUGGCUUCGGCUGUGCCUUUGGUGACUGGGAGCUCGAGGGCCUGAACGACUGUUUUCGUGUGAAUUCCUAUGGGCCAGGGGGGUUCCUGAAGCCGCACCGCGAUGCGCCCUUCGCCCAACAUUCCAACCUGAGGAGCUUGUGCACGCUGCUCAUUCCCUUGGACUCCGUGGGAAGGACGCGGUUCUUCCACCCUGUGAAGCCUUUGGAUUUUCGAGGAAUGACCCUGAACGAAGAGAUCGAGGCCAGAGGUGGAUUGGCUGCCGGCUUCGAGGCACUGGAUGUUCGUCUCUCAGCUGGUCGUGGCUUGCUCUUUGGUCAGAGCCUGCUCCAUGAAGGCAUCCCGACAGAGGGCUUGGAGCGAAAGAUCCUUCUUCGAACCGACGUGCUUGUAAGAAGAAGGCUCCCCAUUCCUACGGUGUUGCUCACAGAGGCCGAGCGGAAGGACCAUGCUGCUGCACUGCAAUGGUUCAGGGAGGCGCAGCACCGGGACUUGAAGGAGGAGCCCAGCAACGAUCUCUACGAGCGGGCUCUGUCUUAUCGGUACUUCUAUCCUAGAGCUGACGCACAGGCCUCGCUGGAGGCACAGCGAAGCACGAGCACAGAGAGCCGUCUUUGGGAGAACCCUGGACCCGUGCCCACCAACGCGUUGUUGGAGCAGCACACAGAGUUUACUUUGCCCAAGCUGGUUUUCGGAAAGGGUCCAGUUGCAGCUUUCCGGCUAUCCAAGAAGUCAACUCAUGCGGAAAGCAGAUUGCCGUCUCGCCCGACCACAGCGCAGCACCUCCGUGCUUCGGCCAUGUACGCUCUGCAUUUGCUGGGGCACCACGCCUACGGGCCGAAGCAGGGUGGCAUUUACACUGUCGAUUUCGAUCCGAAGACUCAGCAGGUGGCGGCUGUUCCUCUUCCGGAUUUGCUGCAGGCUGCUUUCGAUGCCCGGCCGUGCUUCGGGGCCGUCUACAACGUGGCAGCGCGCCACGGCACCCCCGAGUUGGACUUGGAGGCUGCAGUGGACAGAACACACAUGGCCUUGCAGCACGGCUGCCCCCAUGUCGGGCAGGACCUUUUGGCCGGCUUCAAAAGCGAGGCCUAUGUCGGUGACGACUCCACUUCUGAUGCAAAUUUGCGCGAGGCGAGCGAUGACUUUCAGGCCGAGGGGAAUCCAACUGUUGCGGUUCGCACGCAUCAGUUGUCUAUGUGCUUCUAG